CUCGCCCACCAGUCCCCGGAUCUACCCCAUACGGUCUCUUUGUGUACUACUGGUAUCGGCCUGUCCGUGUACGAUGUCACGGUUGCCUUGGCCCCUCACGGAGGCCGGGUGAUGGGCUGCUCGUAUCGGAUGGGUCGCUCUGCUGGCAGUACCAGAGCUCCACGGCAUCGCGGGGAGCAGCAAGCAUGAACAUGCGAGAUACCGGAGAUCUUACACAACCACCGAGGCUCUACUACCCCGUUGCCAGCGCCCACAAACCAAGGGCCCCGCGCCCGCCCGCCGCACUCCCAACGUUACGUGCUGCCGCAGCAUGCUCUGCAGCCCUAUGCUCACCACACCUCGCUGCCGGGCCCGCCUCCGGUUCGUUGGCUGGCUGCGCGCACACUGCUCAUCUCAGCUCCCCGCCGCUUCUCCUGUGCUCACCGCACCGCCUUCCCCGCUCGCCACCGCGCCCGCCUCCUGUUCGCAUACACGCCCGCCUGGCGGCAGGCGGGUGCGCGACCCGUUCUGCCACUGCGCCGCUAUCCCUACGCUCCUUGCGCCUCGCCCUCGUCCAACAUACACCCGUACCCUGCGGAUGGCACCACGCUGUCCGCCACGAUCCUCGACAACUGCCACAACAUUGUUUGGUACCCUAAGA